UAAUACCCUCAUAAAAAUAUUAAAACAUUGACAAAUGGGCUUUUUGUUGAUAAUCCAGCAAAAUGCUCUUUUUCUUCUUCCCCUUUCUUCAUCUUCUUUUUUUCCUCUAGUUUUUACCAGCCAAAAGCAGUAUUACCAGAUGCUCCAUGAAACCGAAUUACCUUUUGUCAUUCACUUCUCAUUGUCAUCCAAGUUCUGUUUAGAAAAUGGUUGGAUCGCUCACUAUCCUUACUCAAAAUUGGAAAUUUUGAAAUGGAAGAAAGUCCUCGAUAUUGCUGUGAAGAAGCUACAAGAAACCAUAAUUCAAAUCAAAACAGAAGAAGCUAAGCUGAAGGAAGAGGGAUUCAACAAACAACUUAUUCUGCGCCACUAUAAUGAUCCUAAAGAUGAGGCAGUGGUGGACAACAGUCCCUUUGGUUCUCAAUAUUUCUGGCUGGAGCUGCUGAAGGGGAGGCCUCAGAUGCCAGCAGUCCAAAGGGAUGACCCAGAGAUGAAAAAGUUCCAUUACGCCUUGAUAGAUGGUUCCUCCAUGAUCUACUAUCCAUCUGGCCGGGUAGCUGUAUGUCAAAGCUAUUCUGCCCUCCCUUGGGGUGGCAUGUACACCAACAUAUUCAGUGACUUGCCAGAUCAAGUUAUCCUUGGGACCUUUACACCUUUUGGAUGCGGUAGCAUUUCUUUUCCUAAGGGCCAAAUAAUAUCAAUGAUGUUUAAUGAGGAUGGAGGCCUGGUGAUCAGCAGAAAUGGAUACAUUCUAAGAGAAUGGGCAUGGCCUACAAAGGGAAAACUCGAUGAUCCUGUUGAAAUUUUGGUGAAUGCAUUUAUCACUGUGAAGAUUUCUGGGCGCUUUGCCAUCUCCUUGGUCUACAAAUGGCAUCCUGAAAGCCUAAAGCUGUCUCUGGCACCUGUAAAAUGCAAGUCUUCUAAGGGUACUCCACACUUCCCUGAAACAUCAUUCCCUGAUGCCAAUCCCAUCUCCAAAGAAGCCAAGGAGCUAUUAAAGGCCUACAAAAUGAAGUGCAAGCUAAUGAAAUGCAUAACUCGGGUCAGAUAUCCUUCAAAUUUAUCAGGUUCAGCGGAUCCUGCUGCAUUUGAUACAAUAAUGGACAUAAGCCCUAUGUUUGACAUUGCGACAGUUAUUAAAUUAAGAAGACUAGAGAGAAAAGCCAAGGACAUCCUAUUUAACUGGCUGGAUUACUACAGAUUUUCCUUGGGAUUAGAUUGCCUACACAUGUACAAAGUGCCCAAGUUUCCACCAAAAGUGGUCAAGAAACAAGCAGUCUCCCGAGCAGAAUUUCUUCUGAAACCAAGUGCAAAGGGAAAAGAUGAAAAUAAGGAGUAUCUUCUAUAUAGAAACACUUACCUAAAACUGAAGGGUGUCUUUCAGCCUUCACCUCCCCCUUGCAUCCAAAAGACCCCAGCCAGCAAGCAGUCCGUCAGGCUUCCCUUUCCCAUUGAGAGCAAGGUUGGGCAGUUUGCUUUCCAUCUGGCUUGUCCUGUGGUCCUAAGGAAUAUGCUCUGUGGGAAGGAAGGGUUCUUCUGCAGAUGUAGCACUUACAGCAUUCCUGAAGUGACAGACGUGGAGUAUGAUCACCUUAUAAACGAGCAACUGUCCUCCAUGGACCAGAUUAUCAUAGUCUAUGUGUUCUCAACUAAGGAAGAGGACAAAACUCUGAAGGAAGUGAACAAAGUAUACAGGGAACAGAAUAAAACUAGAAGCAUGCCUUGCAUUCAGAGUCGUUUGGAUUCCUUUCGACUUCUCAAAUACAACAUAAUCUCUGCAUCUAAAUUUACAGGCAGCAAUUAUCCACUUCUGGUUCAAAGGCACAAUGUCAUUCCAGGAAUUUUUUUGAUGUACAUCCAAGGAAAAUUACUAUUUGCCAACUUUGUUUUCAAUGGUUAUAGCACAUCUGCUAAAGAUCUUCAUAAGCAAAUUGAAAAAACAAGGGGUGAUUAUGAGAUGGGAUAUUUCCUACCCAGUGACUUCAGAAUCAGGGAUCAACCUACUUCAUGUUUUGGAAAUUCAGAUAUACUUCUCUAAAAAUAAAACAUUACAAAACAACCUCACCAAAGAAAUUCCUAACAGCAUAUGAUAUCCAGAUCAAAGAGAAAGUACUGUAGAAAAUGCUAAUUUGAAUGGACUGGUUUUAAUAGGAAUAAAAAUAUCAGAGG